UACAUAGUUUAAAUCGUUUUACAUGUUAGAAGUUUGAUACGUAAAGUGAUGUUGUGGACUCAAAAACAAUCUAUUUGAGGAUUCUGAGGACAGUCAGCUGACCUCAGAACGAGACAACAAUGUCCCACUCUGUGACGAUUAGGACGCAAACAGUGACGACCAGCUCGUCCGCGUACUACAUCAACAGCGGAUAUUUGAGAACUUGGGGCGGUAUUUGCAAGCUCAUACAACUGACACUGGGCGUAAUAUGCGUAGGAAUUGUUAGUUCCAUAUUCUCCAGCCACUAUAAUUUCCGAAACGGCAACGAAGUAUUCUUCUUACUUAUGGCGACCACCUUUAUGAUCGGUACUUUUAUCAUACUUCUCAGUUGCCUGACGUCUUUAUCUACUGCGUCCGUUCUAAGCAAGACUAUCUACGAAUUCAUUUAUCACGCCAUUGCCUUCGGAUUAUUACUCGCAGCGUCAAUAACUCUAUUAACGAACAUCUAUAGGCAUUCGAGAGAAUACGAGUUAUUAUUAGGCGCUUCUAUCUGCGGCCUAAUAAACGCCGGUUUUUACCUCAUCAGUGCAAUCAUCGCUCAUUUUGGAUACCGAGCGAUCUAAGUGAUUACAUGAUCUCUUAUACAAUUCUUUCGAGAGUGAGAACAAAUUACAUCAACAAAAAUUAUGACUUUCAUAAACGUGUUACAAACUCAACUUAAAAAACUAGAUCGAUGUGUAAACUAUGUAUGUAAAACAAAUUCUAGAUUAGAUAGAAUCAUAUAAGAUUCUUGACGAAAGCGAAGAAUAUAUAAAAAUCAUUUUAUCGCUAUGUUUCGCAUAAUAUCUCGAGAGCGUUUAUGCGACUCACGCCUAUAUUUUUUACUUUUAUACGAUA